AGCAAUCAACACUCAUCCUCUUUCUUUUCUUUUUUGUAUCAUGCACCCUCUCUCUCUCUUCAAGUCAACCUCACCUCAUCAUUUGGUCUUUGUUCUUCACCAACGCAGUAGGCACUACUUCAUUCCCCAUUUUCUGAACCCCUUACCUCCCAACACCACACAGGCACACCUCUCUCUCUCUCUCUCUCUCUGUGUUAUAUAAACACCACCCACCUUGCGAUUCUCUACUCCAUGAGAAGCUUGAACAUGAAGGUUCAUCAGCUUGCACGUGGGCUAUGGGAGCAUGAACCCUCCCUCACACUUGGCUGCAAGCGCCUAAGGCCUCUUGCACCCAAGCUUACUAAUGGUGAAACUCCGGCUAUUCUUGACCUCAAAAGCUUCAUCAAGCCUGAAAGUAGUAGUGGACCUAGCAAGUCCGACGACAAGCGAGAAGCCGUUCAGGUGGACGCUCCUUCUGGAGGCACAAGGUGGAACCCUACACAGGAGCAGAUAGGAAUCCUAGAGAUGCUCUACCGUGGUGGAAUGCGUACCCCCAACGCCCAACAGAUAGAGAAAAUCACUGCUCAGCUUGGCAAGUUUGGGAAGAUUGAAGGAAAGAACGUUUUCUAUUGGUUCCAAAACCACAAAGCGCGGGAGAGACAGAAGCAGAAGCGCAACAGUUUGGGUCUUGUUCAUUCUCCAAGGACUCCUCCCGCUACCACUGUAGCCUUGGAUGUUAAUAGGGACGAAAUAGAAAGAGAAGAAGAUAGUCACUACAAACGGAAACACCGAGGCUGGGCAAUCGAAUUCUUCCAACAGGAUAGAGGGUUUUGUGGAGGAGGAGAAGAGGGAGAUAAGACACUGGAACUCUUCCCUUUGCAUCCGGAAGGCAGAUGAAGAGAAGAGGAGAUCCUUUUGAAUUGACUAGGAGACGUUAUUGGACCCCAAGCUUUCGAGUUAAAGCGAGCAAGGCAGCAAGGACACUGGAAGUCCACGCAUUUGGUCCUCAUCGUCAGGACUUGGCCCUCAUAACUAGUCCUAACCUGUUUUCAUACCUGCUGCAGUUGCAGUCCAGCCGGUCUAUGCAGUGCAGUGCAGUGUGGGCAGUGGGCAGUGUUAGUUGUUUCAUUGUUUGUGGGGCUUUGCGCUCAGCUCCUACCAUCAUCAUCUAUACCCAUGGCCAUGGGCCAUGACGUGGUUUGACGGGGCCCACCGGCCAAAUUAUUUAUUAUUUAUACAAAGAGCUGAAUUCUCACGUUCGAUUUGAAUCUAUCUAGCACUGAUCAUGCGAUUAACCAGUAAACCAGAUCGAGGUACACAUGAGAUUAA